AUGCUCACGUAUCGUUUCGCACGGCGUGGGUCUUAUUGGUGCGAUGCUGGAGGGCAUGGUGUAUUUGGGGUUGGGCGUGCAGUCGAGAUCAAACGUAGGCUCAUCGGCCGGUGGCAUUGGCGGCCCCACCCUCAUCUGCGCGUUGGCGCAAUUGAAGCCUCCGUCCGUAUUGUUCACGUGUUUGAUGGCCAGCGCGCUACACUCGAACACUUGCGCCGCCUUGUAGCCCUUCAGCAUCUCAUCUUCCAACCUGUUCUCGAGUUUUUUCGUGGCCAGCUGGAACCGCGCUUCGGCGUCGCCGGUUUCCGCAAUCAAGGCGACAACAUUGAUCGCAUCGUCCUCCUUGACGUCGGCUUCUGCGUCGUGUACGUAGCAUUUGUUCCCGGAGGCAGUGAUGUGCGCCCGCUUGUACAUGUCCGUCAGCUCACAAUUGUAGCCAGCCUCCUUCAGCAUGGCCACCAACUGCGUGUGAAACGGCUGCGCUUCUUGGCUCGUGAAAACGCGCAGUAUCAUGCUUUCGUACGCCCCUACGGUCCUGAACAUGUGCGUAUGCGUUGCGAUGAGGGCUGGCAUGAGGGCGUGAAAAUAUUGGUACGGGUAGUGGGAGACCAGCGUUGA